GCUCCGGCGCGGGCGGCUCGGCCGCCGAAGGCUGCGUGCCCGAGGGUGGAACUACUCUGCCGUGGUCAAACGCUUCAAAUGGGAAUAAAGGAUCGCAUUUCCAAGAAAAUGAGGAUGAAUAAAUCGUCUCUGCUCUUAAAAAGGAAGACCACAUUAAACUUACAUAUUUGAAGACUAUCAUCCUUCCUCCAGUUCAAGCAUUUUCUCUGUUCUGUGAUCAAUGUCACUCACAGGAACUUAAGUAACAAACGAAAUGAGCCUGGGGCGUGGAAAAUAUGACUUUUAUAUCGGUCUGGGGUUGGCUAUGACCUCCAGCAUUUUCAUUGGAGGGAGUUUCAUUUUGAAAAAAAAAGGCCUUUUGCGACUUGCCAGAAAAGGUUCCAUGAGGGCAGGUCAAGGUGGCCAUGCAUAUCUUAAAGAAUGGUUGUGGUGGGCUGGACUGCUAUCAAUGGGAGCUGGGGAAGUGGCCAACUUCGCUGCAUAUGCGUUUGCUCCCGCUACACUGGUGACACCGCUGGGCGCCCUCAGUGUUCUUGUAAGUGCCAUUCUGUCUUCAUACUUCCUAAAUGAAAGACUUAAUCUUCAUGGGAAAAUUGGGUGUUUGCUAAGUAUUCUGGGGUCUACAGUUAUGGUCAUUCAUGCUCCAAAGGAGGAGGAGAUUGAGACCUUAAAUGAAAUGUCACAUAAGUUAGGUGAUCCAGGUUUUGUUGUCUUUGCAACAUUUGUGGUCAUUGUGGCCUUGAUAUUCAUCUUUGUGGUAGGACCUCGGCACGGACAGACAAACAUUCUUGUGUAUAUAACAAUCUGCUCUAUGAUUGGAGCAUUUUCAGUCUCUUGUGUGAAGGGUUUGGGCAUUACCAUCAAGGAGUUGUUGGCUGGAAAGCCUGUCCUGCAGCACCCCCUGGCCUGGAUUCUGUUGCUUAGCCUCGUGGUCUGUGUGAGUACACAGAUCAAUUACCUAAACCGGGCUCUGGACAUUUUCAACACUUCCAUUGUGACUCCAAUAUAUUAUGUGUUCUUCACCACUUCAGUUCUGACUUGUUCCGCUAUCCUUUUUAAAGAGUGGCAAGGUAUGCCUGCUGAUGAUGUCAUUGGCACUCUGAGUGGCUUCUGCACAAUCAUCGUGGGCAUAUUUUUGUUGCAUGCCUUUAAAGAUGUCAGUUUUAGUCCAGCAAGCCUGCCUGUGUCUUUUCGGAAAGAUGAAAAAGCAGUGAAUGGCAGUCUUUCUAGUAUGUAUGAAGUUCUUAGUAAUAGUGAAGGCGGCUUACCCUGUGGGACUGAACACACUGGUGACAAUAUCUCCCGUAGAAAUGGAAACCUGACAUCUUUUUAAGGAUAUGAUUGAAAACCUAUAAUUGUUAUAGUGAUUUCUGAGUAUCAGAAUGUAUCUGAAAAAAAAAAAAUACUGUCCUCAAAUAAUGUCCUCUGAAGACAAUCUUUUUUAAGUUUUCACUGAUUUGGAUCAAGAAAUUACUUUUCUUAUAUUUAAACAAUGGUAGCUCCCUAAAAUGACCUCAGUACAUGGCUAAUUUCUAAUAACAUUGUAUUAUUGUAAAGGUAUUUUACAUUUUUAUUCAUUCUCCAGAAAUCUAAAUGCACUAAUGACAAAUUUAAGCCUUUAAAAAUGUUUUAUUUUUUCCAUUGGUGAUGAACAUUAAAAUGUACAUUUUGUGAUUCCUAUCCCAUC